AUGAAGCUUUCAGCGUCUCUGGCCUUUUGCUUGACAGCUGUCAGCGCCCAGUCGGUUAUUGAGAGCGUCAGCUUUGGAUAUGGAAACAAGAUAUCUGAAAGCGCAGGCAGCAUCCCCGGGUGGACUGUCAAGGGCGAAGCUCACCAGCCACAAAUUCUCUCAAACAAGGUGAUUCUAACACCUCCAGACCCUGGCCACACAAGAGGCUCUUUAUGGGCCGAGAAUGCUCUUUCAGAGUCCAGCUGGAACGCAGAAUUCCAGUUCCGAGCCAGUGGCCCAGAAAGAGGCAGCGGCAAUCUUCAAGUAUGGUAUGUCAAAGACGGUGAGAGCAGCAUUGGCUCGUCGAGCAUCUACACGGUGGGAAAAUUUGACGGGUUCGUCUUGACUAUCGACACCCACGGCGGAAGAGGCGGAAGCAUUCGCGGCUUUCUCAACGACGGCUCCAUAACUUACAACCAGCACGCCAAUGUUGACAGUCUAGCCUUUGGCCACUGCGAUUAUCCAUAUCGCAAUCUGGGCCGUCCAUCUAUAGUCGAAAUCAAGCAUUCCGGCGCGAUAUUCGAGGUCAUUGUCGACCAGAAACUGUGCUUUCAAACCACCAAAGUCGGCCUCCCGUCGGGCUACAAGUUUGGCGUCACGGCCGCCACCCCAGACACCCCGGAUUCCUUUGAAGUCUUCAAAUUCGCCGUGACUCCAGGCCCGCAGGCCGUGACACCUCCAUCUGGACAAUCGCAGCAGCAGCAGCAGCAAGUCCCAAUCCAAAGGCGCGAGCAAGCAAUCAACCCCGGCGCGCUCAACGACAUCAACAGCCGUCUAGCCCAGCUAGGCCAGGAAAUCUCACAGCUAUCACAAAAGAGCGAAGCCCGGCACCAGGAGCUGCUCAACAAAGCCGCAUCUGGCUCCUCUUCUCCCCCUUCUUCCUCAGGACCCGAUCUGAGCCAACUCACCGACCGUCUUCAACGCAUCGAGAAUGCGCUCUCACAACUGCAGCGUGAUGUCGACGGCAGGGAUUAUCGAAAACAGUUCAUGCAGCUACACAAAGCAAUUGAAACCUCGCACAUCAGUUUAACUGAAGCGCUUCUCGGCAUGAUAUCCUCUGCAACACCUCGCAUGGGCCUUUUCAUCUGCGUGGUCAUCAUCUUCCAGCUCAUUCUCGCCGGUACCUACAUCUUCUACAAGCGUCGACGCAACGGCAUGCCCAAGAAGUUUCUGUAA